GAAAGAAAGGAAGAAAAUAUUUAGAUCACGUGGCCACCAAGUCAUUCUGAGAAUAUGCUGGCUGGGUAUAGCCAAUGAAAAUACAACAACCUCUCCACUGAAACUUGACGACUUGCAUUGCUCGCCUAUAUCCACGCAACAUGCAUCAAUCUCAGAGACUGAGGCUUUAGAUCGCCUUAGCAGACUGAGUUAGUGAAAAUAAACAGAAGACGCCAGACGAAAGUGAAAAUGGCAAAUCAAACAGACGUUCUGCUCCAGACUGAGAUGAGUACCGUCAUGCAACCCUUCAACAUCACCUCAACAUCCAGCACCAGCCCCCUCAACACCAUCAUCCCCUCAGACGUCAUUGCCAUAAUCGCAGCCAACGACCUAACAUCCAGGGCCAACUACGUCUAUGCGCUCUGUGCCACGCUGGGCAUGACCUCGGCAUGCUUUGUACUCUACGGCUUAAUUCAGUCCUACAGAGCCCAGAGGAGUCUGGCAUGGCUGGACUCCCUGCUCUGGGCCUUUUCCAGCUCCCAUCUCCUUCUCUUGCUCCUCUCCCUCUCUUCCGUAGCACACCGGCCCAACUACCUGGUGACCACACAGCUCGGCUGUGCUGCGCUCGCCUUCACCGUCAACAUGGCAUCCCUCUGCGGGCUGUUGCUCCUGGUGUUCAUGGGAUACGCCCUGACCUUCGACACCCCAACUCACGCCCUGCUGAAGAGGCCUGGGGUCUGUGUGGCUCUGGUGGUUCUGGUUUCUAUCCUGUGCUCCUUGGUGCUGGCCGGACUCCGGGGCCCGCCCAAGGAACUGGAUUUGAAAAGAAAAUGUAUUAUAGACCCAACUGAGGCAGGAAGGUCUUAUGCCAUGGCGAAGCUCUGUCUAGGGUUCAUAAUUCCCUACCUCCUCCUGCUGGGGAUCCUGAUAGGCGGCUGCGUCCGCCAAUGGAAAUCCAGCAGCCGCUUCCUCUCCGGAUCAGAAGAGGGUCCGGUGUUCCUGGCAGUGGCUGUGGUGAUAUUUGUAUGUCAGCUAUUCCAUGGCAUUGUGCUGGUGAGGGGGGCCGAGAUGGAGCAGGCUGGUGGUCUCAGCCCUCACGCGACAGCAUUCAUGCAUGUGUCUGAGUUUGUGAUGUUCUCUGGCAGCUGUGUAUGUCUAGUGUUGGUGCUCCUGCUGCACAGGCCGUGCAGAGAGAGCCUUCUGGAGGUGUUCAGGCAGCUCCGGGACUGCUGCCGCGGCCUAGGGGGCCGACAGACCCACAGACACAUCAUGGCCCCCCAUAUUGAGAUCGCCUGACUCUCAGGACUAUAACCUUUAGGUCAAUAACCAUCUCAGACGUUCUGGAUUCAGGAAUAUUAUGCCUUUUUUAAGACUGCCAAAUCUAACGUUGACCCAUAUAUAUUAGAAGCUGACACUAGAUAACUUAAAAGCUAGGCUACUUUCUGGAAGUUCAGUUAACUGAUCAUUUACAUUUAAUUUGAAGACUGUAAAUAGUGUUAUUCAGACAGUUUUGUUUUCCAAUGUACAUACUUUUUUGUAACCUUUUCAAUGUAAUGGUUAUAAUCUUAUUUCAUGUAUGGUCAGUGUACUGUUACUUCACCAAUCAACUGACUUUUGUUUUUGAAAAUAAACUGAAACCUGUUUUUUUUGUGCGAAUCGAAUGAUGUCUAUACAUUUCAUUGGUGACUUUUUCAAUAUGAUGAUAGUGAAAUUGGGAAAAGUAAAACGAAGUUGUGCAAUGACAAUUAAACCAUGAACAAUCACCAUU